UUAGAUCAUUUUUGUCUCGCGCAGACACACCAGGACACCACACUCGAGCGCUGCUUCACAACAACAACGUGAAAAAGGCGAGAAUAGUUCAAGCUACACUAGUUAGUGUCUUAGUAUGUCACUAUCAUGAGUUUUGUGUGCUGGAAAGCGGUUUUGUUUCUCGUCUUUCUGUCUAAGGUCUCAUGUCUUCGCGUUUUAAAUGCCUCCUCUCUGAGCUGUGCAGUAGAGGAGGUGAUGUGUACAGCUGAGAUUAAUAAUUGCUUCUACGAAGAAUGGAUGAAACAGCAGGAUUAUACUCCCACUGCGCCGGUGGACCUGAAGGUGGACUGGGACAUCAGGAUGGACGAGAAUGGGGCCUUGGUGCCUGUGAUCGUGGCCCGAUGGAAAGUGAUGGAUGAUGGGAGCAUUCGAGAUUUGAAAGGAGCUGAGUUUCAAGUGGCAAAGGUCGACACUAGUGAACACUUGUGUAUCCAUUACAAAUUUCGCCAGCAGCUUCCGGGUAUGAGGAAUCCGAAAGGUGAACAGUGGGCUUUGUCUGUGGAUCGAAUGGUUGUUGACCCAGGCUUCACAUACUUUGUGUCUGUUGCCAACCUCCCCAAGCCAAAUUUAGGCUACACCAACUACCACAUCAAUAAAACUGUUAUUGUCCCAAAUUGCAGUGAGCCUUCCAUGAAGCGUACCAAAGUCUGCACUGACACAGGAGCGUUUUGGCAGCCCAAUAUUACCAUGGAGCGCACAGCACCAGAUGGCAGGACACUCCUCAUUUCCUUCAACACAGGAGAGCUUUCUGAAAGAUAUAAUGUCUUUGUGAAAUGUGGAGAUGACAGACAAACGAAAACGAUCCUCAACAAGGACAACAAGUCAUUCCUAAAUGUUAUGUUUGACCUUGAGGCCUGGCCACACACAUGCUGCGAUUUCAAUGUUCAGAUCCAGCCCUUCUUUCAGAAGUGUAGAAAUGACUGUCAACGGAAGAACCAUGACUUUUACAUAUGCUCAAAGCAAGACGUCCCCCAUAAGGAGCCCAAGAUUUGGCUGAUUUUUGCUGGUCUCUUUCUCCUCUUCUGUGGUCUUGUUGUUUUUGCUGCUUGUUUGCGCUGCAGGAGGCAGCAGAAGGGUGAAAAAAUAUACCCUGCUAAACUCACACCUGGCCUGGUCUGUCCAGUUCCUGCUCCUGAGCGUUCAGUGCUGAUCAUCUAUUCUAGAGACCACCCUAAGUACACUGACAUAGUACUAAAGCUCUCUGCCUUCUUGAGGGCCAAAUGCGGCGUAGAGGUCUACCUUGACCUACUUGACACAACCUCCAUCGGAGUCAUGGGUCGCCUGCCGUGGACCGAACAGCAGAAGCGACUGAUAGAGCAAACCUCCAACAAGGUGCUAGUACUUUGCUCAAGAGGAGUGCAAGCAAAGUGGGGGGCCAUGUGUGGGGGACCCCGAGUUCACUUACGGGAAGACGUCCACUCACCAAUGGGGGACAUGCUGACCCUCGCCCUGCAACUUAUCACCCCCGAUAUGCAACGUCCUGCUUCUUACGGCAAGUACAUGGUGGCAUACUUUGAGGAUAUAAGCAGGGAACAUGAUGUUCCGUCCAUGUUCGACUUGGCGGUCAAGUACAAGCUUAUGAAGCACUUCGAAGAGCUUUACUUCCGAAUACUGGAUCUGGAGAAGUAUCAGCGAGGGAAGAUACACACCAUCGAGGGCAUUGGCAUUGAUGAGUACUUCAACUGCCCCUCAGGCAAAGCCUUGAGGGAUGCAAUAGAAGUCUUCCAAGCCUACCAACUGGAGAAUCCAGACUGGUUUGAGAAGGAGUGCCUUGACGGUGAAGACGAGGAGCUGGCCGUGGAGAGCAGCCCUUUUGUUGAUCAGUGCACCCAGCCGAUCCUUACAUGUGAGCCUGUGCUCAACAUUGGACCCCCUGUCUUUGAGCACGGGGUUGAGAUACACAAAACGGACCAGACUGAAAGUAUAUGGACUUCUGAAACACCCCAUCUGAACCUGGAAUUUGCAGAACCUUCUGUGCUGGGUAUCCAACCAGCACACAGUCAAGUUUAUUCCCCCCUUCCAUCUGUGGAAUCACAACCUGGCAUACUCCCAGCUGGUGUGUACCCUGCUGUCUUAGAGAGUCACCCCUGCCUCUUGGCUGAACCUGCACUACAGGAACCUUUACUGUCCAACAGAAAUGAGGUGUUUGCAAAGGGGGAAUCACAAGUAGAUGACUACUCUGUGGAAGAUGUGGAUGCUCUCCAGCAACUGAUGCAGCUUCAGCUUUCCCUGGCAUCCUCCCAGGUGCUAGCUCCUCCACCCUCAAUGGACGAUCACAACCAGCCAGAGGAGGUGGAGGAAAGUGAGAUGGAAGAGGCUUCAGGAAAGAGACAGUCUAGAUGGUCAGAUCAGGGUUAUAGUUCCAGAGACUCUUUUGUAAGGGAAGAGCCUCCUCCAUCCUCCCUUGCUGCUCUGGCCAAGUUACAAGAAAUUCUCUACCUAAACAGCCCCAUCUCAUCCGGCUUCUGCACAGAGACGAUGGAGAGCUGAUGUACUUGUGAUUGUAAGAUAUAUUAGACACUUGGGACCCUCGUCAGUAAAUAAGGUACUGUACAGGAACAUUUUUGCUCAAGGUACAGUGAAAACACACCCUCAGAGAUUCAGCAAGGGGAGUUUCACUGAUUUCUCAACAUUUCUGCAUAUUAAAUGGUUAAGAUGUAAACCAAGCAUAUCAAACCGGGGACCUUCCGGGCCAAAGUGCUACAGAGAUUAGUGUUUACCCUCACCUAGUGCUCUAAAUUCAGUUCAGGAAAGUUUGGUAAUUAGCUGAUUAGCUGAAUCAACUGCAUUUAAUGACGCAGUGUGCUGAAACCUGCAGUGUUUAGGCCCGCAAGCACUUGAUCCUGACACGUGAUGUAAACAAAGGCAGUCAGAGAGGCUUGAUAUGAAAUGCUAGAGAAAUUCUAGAGAAAUUGUGAGAAUUGUUAACAGUGGUGGUGAUGGAAACCGGUUGUCUGAAGAGUUCUCUGAAAUCUCCCUUACAGAACGUUUUUACAUGAAAUGGUUAUGAAUAUGCUUGUUUUACAUUAUUAUGCUGGUAUUAUAUGACAUGUUUAUGCAUAUGAAUUUGUGUUGUAGACGUCACAACCUCUAGUUACUAUCACCACCACUGUAGAGAAAUCUGAGUCAGUAAAUUUCUCUACAAUGAACCAGUUCAUAUCAAACCACUCUGAGUGAAUUUGUUUGAACUGAAUGAUAGGAUUAUGCAGAAAUUGUGGUGGAAAUCCCCUUUAAAUUACAGUUGUGUACCUUAAACGAGUUUUAAAAGUACACCGCAUUCACGUUCCCAUCAUUUUAAAAUAGAAAAAUAAAAGAAACUGACUAGAGUCAAGAUGGAUUGUAUGGAGUCAGUGCAAGAAAUAUAAUUGCGGUGAAAUAUGGUAGUUAUGUUUCCUAAGUAAAGGUCCUGAAGGUGUACCUCACCCCAGCGACAGAUAAGUACCUUUGUUUUCUGAAAGCAUAUGUAUGAGUGCUACUCUCUAUAUAUUUUUGUGAAAGCCAUAAGUUACAGUAAGCAAUGUAGCAAAACCUAAUGUCUCCAAAAUGUUAACUUUACAGUCUUAACUUGAAUGUUCAUCAACAUAGUGAGAUGAAUUAUACAUCAGUUUGGCCCAUUCCUCUUUAAAUAGCCAUAAAAUAUUCACACUAUUUAUAGGCAGCUGGCCUUGUGUACAAAAGAACAGAGUUAUGAGGUUUUGAAAUGACAGCAGUGAUAUACUGUAGCUAUUGUUGUCCUUGUCUGUUGGAAUACACAGUAACUCAUUAUUCAUAGGUUUCCACACAAACAUAGCCUGCCUCCUUUCCCAUAAUCUUACAUCUGUGAAUGCAGGGUCUUAAUUAAGACUAAUGCAACCGGCUGCUAUUGCUGUUAGUCACCAAAAAUGGAAGUGUUGCUCAUUGCCUCAGCUGGAUCUACUUCAUAGCUUGAUUCUGUAUGCUUUUACAAUCAAUAAAUGAAAUAUGUUCACAGAAACUAAACGAAACAAAAAUAUAUAUGGAACAUAUUUUAAUGUAACAUGUUAUCAGCAUACUUAGUGACAUAUAGAUGUUUAUAAACUGUACAUCUUUCAUUUAUCAUUUUUUACAUACAAUAUUGUACACUGAUUUGGUUACAUGGACACAGCACAGAGUUUAUUUUGGGUACCUCAUUUUUCAUCACAGGGAAACACACAAGUUUUAAUUUACAGAAUGUUCAUUUCUAUCCUAUUGCAUGUAUUUCUCUGUAAAUAAUAGAUAAUUACCUUUUCAUGUAAAAGUAAAUGUAUAAAUAGGUCA